AUCUCUCUCCACCUUUUCCCCAUUUUGCCAGCUCUCUUACCUCUAUUCUCAUAUCCCCACCUAUAAACCUUUCUCUUUACAUACACUUUCUCUCUCUAAAAACUCCGGUCAUCAAUAUUUCGUAGAGAGCGACAGAGCUGAAGUUGAAGAGAUCUCUCAAAGAGGCUAUGAUAGGAGAAUUUAGAGUUUACACGUCAUCGUUUUGCAUUCAGCCUAAUCUCUUUGUUCUGGUUACUGCUUUCAUCAUUAGGAGCUUGGAGAUAUUAUCCCCUGUUUUGAAAUUCAGAAGGAUAUCAUACAAUGUCUAGCUCAGCAAAAGCUUUGGAGCCUGCUUUUCAAGGAGCGGGUCAGAGAGUAGGGACUGAGAUCUGGAGGAUCGAGAACUUCCAACCGGUUCCUUUGCCAAAGUCCGACUAUGGUAAAUUCUGCUGUGGAGAUUCGUAUAUUAUACUUCAGACUAGUUCUGGUAAGGGAGGUUCUUAUCUCUAUGACAUUCACUUCUGGCUUGGGAAGGACACUAGCCAGGAUGAAGCAGGGACUGCUGCUAUUAAAACUGUCGAACUUGAUGCUGCUCUAGGAGGCCGUGCUGUGCAGUACAGAGAACUACAAGGGCAUGAGUCUGACAAAUUCUUGUCUUACUUUAAACCAUGCAUCAUUCCACUGGAAGGUGGUGUUGCCACUGGAUUUAGAAAAACUGAAGAAGAAGAAUUUGAAACCCGGUUAUAUAUUUGUCGAGGAAAAAGAGUUGUUAGGCUAAAGCAGGUCCCAUUUUCAAGGUCCUCACUGAACCAUGACGAUGUUUUUAUUCUUGACACCAAGGAUAAGAUAUAUCAGUUCAAUGGUGCAAACUCUAAUAUUCAGGAAAGGGCCAAAGCACUAGAAGUGAUUCAGUUUUUAAAGGAUAAGUAUCAUGAAGGGACGUGUGAUGUUGCAAUUGUUGAUGAUGGGAAAUUACAAGCUGAGACGGAUUCUGGUGAAUUUUGGGUACUCUUUGGUGGGUUUGCUCCAAUUGGUAAGAAGGUUGCUACUGAAGAUGAUAUCAUACCAGAAAAGACCCCUGCCAAGCUUUUUAGUAUUGUUGAUGGUCAAGUUAAGAUCGUGGAUGGCGAACUUUCCAAGUCACUUUUGGAAAAUAACAAAUGCUAUAUGUUGGAUUGUGGUUCUGAUGUAUUUAUAUGGGUUGGCCGAGUUACUCAAGUUGAUGAGAGGAAAGCCGCCAUUCAAGUUACAGAGGAUUUUGUGGCUAGCCAAAAUAGGCCUAAGUCAACCCAUAUAACUCGGCUAAUUCAAGGUUAUGAGACUCAUUCAUUCAAGUCAAACUUUGAUUCCUGGCCAUCAGGAUCUGCUGCACCUGUUGCUGAGGAGGGAAGGGGAAAAGUAGCAGCCUUACUGAAGCAGCAAGGUGGUGUCAUGAAGGGAGCCAGUAAAAGUGCCCCUGUAAAUGAGGAAGUCCCUCCCUUGCUUGAAGGAGGUGGAAAGACAGAGGUUUGGCGCAUCAAUGGUAGUGCCAAAACUCCUGUACCUACUGAAGAUAUUGGCAAAUUUUACAGCGGGGAUUGCUAUAUUGUCCUCUACACAUACCAUUCUCAUGAAAGAAAAGACGACUACUACUUGUGUUGUUGGAUAGGAAAAGACAGCAUUGAGGAGGACGAAAAGAUGGCUGCAAAACUAUCCAACACAAUGUAUAACUCACUGAAAGGGAGGCCAGUGCUGGGUAUGAUAUAUCAAGGGAAAGAGCCGCCACAGUUUGUUGCAAUCUUUCAGCCUAUGGUGGUCUUAAAGGGUGGAAUGAGUUCGGGGUACAGGAAUUAUAUUGCUGACAAAGGUCUAAAUGAUGAAACAUACACUUCUGAUGGUGUGGCUCUCAUCCGCAUAUCUGGGACUUCACCGCAUAACAACAAGGCUGUUCAAGUUGAAGCAACGGCAACAUCGUUAAACACAAAUGAAUGUUUUCUUCUGCAAUCUGGAUCUUCAACUUUUAGCUGGCAAGGUAAUCAAUGCACCUUUGAACAGCAACAGCUGGCAACCCAAAUUGCCGAAUUUUUGAAGCCGGGAUCAACCAUUAAACACACCAAAGAAGCAACUGAAAGCUCAUCCUUUUGGUUUCCUCUUGGAGGAAAGCAAAGCUACACCAGCAAGAAGGUUUCAUCCGAGGUUGUCAGAGAUCCCCACUUGUUCGCUUUCUCCUUCAAUAAAGGAAAGUUUGAGGUGGAAGAAAUAUACAACUUCUCUCAAGAUGACCUUUUAACUGAAGAUAUAUUGAUACUUGACACAAAUGCUGAAGUGUUUGUUUGGGUUGGCCAAUCAGUUGACUCUAAAGAGAAGCAAAAUGCUUUUGAAAUUGGCCAGAAAUAUAUUGAACUGGCUGCUUCCUUGGAGGGGUUGCCCCCAAAGGUUCCAUUAUACAAAGUGACAGAAGGAAAUGAGCCAAGCUUCUUCACCUCCUAUUUUUCAUGGGACCCCGCCAAAGCUAGCGCACAUGGAAAUUCGUUCCAGAAGAAGAUCAUGCUACUCUUUGGGGGUGGUGGUCAUGCUGCAGAGGAGAGGUCCAAUAGUUCGAACAAUGGGGGGCUGACUCAGAGAGCAUCUGCUUUAGCAGCUUUGAACUCUGCCUUCACUUCAACUUCAAGUUCAACUUCGUCUCCAAAAGCUACUUCGGCCCCUCGGUCAGGGGGGAAAAGUACAGCUUCACAGAGAGCAGCUGCAGUGGCUGCUUUAUCAAAUGUUCUGACUGCCGAAAAGAAGGGACCAGCAGACGUCUCUCCUUCCCAGCCAAGUAGAAGUCCACCACGAGAAGCUCGCCCUUCUGUUUCAGCUCCAGUGAAGAGUGAAGAUGAAAAUGAGACUGAAGAAUUCCUAGAGGACGUGAAAGUCAAGGAAAAUGAGACAGUUGAGACCGCACCAGAAACCAACGGGGAGGACUCAGGAUCAAAGCCAGAGGCUGCCCAGGAGGAGAACGGCUCUGAAAGUGGUCAGAGUACAUUCAGCUACGACCAAUUGAAGGCCAAAUCUGACAACCCUGUGACCGGGAUUGAUUUCAAACGAAGAGAGGCUUAUCUUUCGGAUGAGGAAUUCAUGUCAGUAAUGGGAAUGACCAAAGAUGCUUUCUACAAGCUGCCCAAGUGGAAGCAGGACAUGAACAAAAAGAAAGUGGAUCUCUUCUAGAAAACAGAGAUGCAAUUCAAAAAAACGUAUUCCUGCUUCGCCUCAAAGCUUUUGGUUUGUCUCUCUCUACACCUAUCAUGAUGCCUGGAUCUGCACACAUCUAUAUUUUAAGUGUUCUUCCUUACAAAUCAUCAAGUUUUCUUCCGGUAUUUGGUUUUGAUUAUGUGAUGUCUGCGCUGAAGAGUGAUUUCUUUUUUCCUGUCUUGUCUUCAAUAUACGUUUCAUGACUCCGUUUGUAGUCUGAAAAACAGGAAGCAGAUUUAAAUUCUUUGAUUUGGUUGGUAUGUUCAUCGGAGUUCCUCAUUCCCUUCAUCCUUUUAAUCAUCUUAUAUUUGUCGAGUUAGAAGGGUGUAUAUGUAUUUUACUUUGUACAUUGCUCAAUGAAUGUAGAUGAAGUUGUUUGUCAUCACUUUGUAUGAAAUACUGUACGUUAUGUUA